AUGAAGGAGCUUCUUGUGGCUUCUCCAGACUCAGCAGAAGAAGUGUCUGCUCGUGGCGAGACUUGCCUUCAUUUAGCUGUCAAAGAUCAUCAGUUUGAAGCAUUCAAGUUAUUACUUGACAACCUCAAGUUGUUAAUAUGUUGCUGGAUGAGAAUGUUGUUUGUAAGGGGCACAAUUGAGGUGAAUUCUUUGAACAAGAAAGGCCUUACACCUUUGGAGGUACUAUUAGAGGAAUGUGGAGAUAGAGAUAUUGAGGAAAUUCUAAGAGCAUCUGUUCAAGAUCCAUCAAAUGAACAAUCCAGCAGAGAACAAACAAGGGACGAUGGGCCUCGAUCUAAUGUUAAGAAGCUUCAGGAUUUCUUCAAGUACAAUAAGACCAAAGAUCCUCCAGGAAAAGUAAGAGACACCCUUCUUGUGAUAGCCAUUCUAAUUGCAACAGCAACUUAUCAAGCAGGUUUCAAUCCACCAGGAGGCUUAUGGCAGGACACUUACUGGCCUGAUGACAAUAACAUUAACAGUACUAGUCAUGAUGGCAUAGUAGUAGUGCCCCCGCGGCAUUUAGCAGGACAGUCAGUGAUGGCUACCAGGGGUCCAGUGCUCUAUGCCUUGUUCUUGGUUUUCAACUCCCUCGGAUUUUUCGUAUCCCUCCACGCCAUAAAUUUCCUUACAAUAGGAUUUCCUUUGCAGUCAGAACUGCAAGUCUCACUUUUUGCCUUGGCGGUAACCUAUAUGAUUGUGAUGAUGUGCACAAUACCUUGCAUGGAUAUUUUGUACUUGUUUUUUAUCGUUGUCCUAGUCUUUCCAGUACUGCUUCCUUUGAUUAUAGUGACGUUGAGAAACUAUCACAAGAAACCUAGAAUAUUCUUAUCCAGAUUUAUAAACUGGACAGCUACUUGA